UCUUGCUCAGCCAGUUCGUCACACAAAGGUUUUAAAGAGUAGUCCAGCUUUUCCCCUCUCUAAAGGAACCCAGACUUACCACCACUACAGAGGCAGCAGCAGAGAUGGAGAUCAAUCUUAGACCAUACCAGGAAGAGGUGGUGCAGACAGCACUGAAAGGGGAGAACAGCAUCAUCUGGCUGCCAACUGGUGGAGGAAAAACCAGAGCAGCAGUCUACGUCACUAAGAAACACCUGGAGACCAAAACCAAUGCCAAAGUGGCAGUGCUUGUAAAUAAGGUGCACCUGGUAGACCAGCAUUACGAAAAAGAAUUCCGGCCUUACCUUGACAAAAAAUACAAAAUAGUGGCCAUCAGUGGAGAUAGUGAUGAGAAAGACUUCUUUGGAAAUGUGGUCAGGAAAUCAGACCUGGUCGUCUGCACUGCUCAGAUCUUAGAGAACGCCCUCACCAACAUGGAGGAGGACAAACAUGUGGAGCUCACAGACUUCACCCUGCUGGUCAUAGAUGAGUGUCACCACACACACAAGGAAAACGUCUAUAACAAGAUUAUGGGCCGCUAUGUGGAAAUGAAAGUUAGAAAGGAAAAUAAUCUGCCUCAGGUUCUGGGCCUCACAGCAUCACCUGGCACUGGGAGAAGUAGGACACUGGAUAAAGCUGUUGAACAUGUCCUGCAGAUCUGUGCCAAUCUGGAUUCUGCAAUUGUGUCCACCAAGAAUUCUUUGCCAGUGCUGCAAAGUGUUGUCCCCAAACCCAGAAAGAUAUAUGACAUUGUUGAAAAAAGAGAUAAGGAUCCAUUUGGGGAUCACCUGAAGUUGAUGAUGUCAAUGAUUCAUGAUUUUAUGCCGUCAGAGGCGAGUUUAAACCUGCGAGAGGUGGGCACACAGGAAUAUGAAGCUGAUGUGGUGGAACUGGAAAAAAUAGGUGUACAGAAGGAGAACAGAUUGAUCGCUCAGUGUGCUCUGCACCUGCGGGAAUACAAUGAUGCUCUUCUCAUUAAUGACACUGUUCGCAUGGUGGACGCGUUCCGUGUUCUAAGCGAGUUCUACAAUUCAAGGCAACACAACUUGUUAGAUGGAACUGAUUUCUUUCUGCAGGGGCUUUUUGAAGAGAACCGCGUGGAGUUAUGGCAGCUGGCAUCGAAUGCCCACUAUGAAAACCCCAAACUGGCCCGGUUGCAGCAGACGAUGGUAGAACAGUUUAAGGAACGUGAGUCUCGUGGUAUCCUCUUCGCAAAGACCCGCAGGGGCACCCGUUGUCUGUUUGACUGGGUGAACUCCAACCCUGAGCUACGGAGGGUCAAUAUACAUGCUGGCAUUCUCACUGGAGCGGGCACUGGUGCUAACCACAUGACCCAGAGAGGACAGAAGGACACUAUUAAAACAUUUAGAGAUGGAGGCCUCAACCUCCUAAUCUCUACCAGUGUUGCUGAGGAAGGACUUGAUAUUCCUGAAUGCAAUGUGGUUGUACGUUAUGGGCUGUUGACCAAUGAAAUAGCUCAGCGGCAGGCUAGUGGGCGGGCUCGAGCUCAGAACAGUGUCUACUCAGUGGUGGCUGAAAAAGGUGGGCGUGAGAUACGCAGGGAACUCACCAAUGAAUAUCUAGAAAUGCUGACCGCACAAGCUAUUGAUCGAGUGCAGAGCAUGACUCCCAGGGAGUUCCGACAGAAGAUAUCAGAGCUUCAACGCACAGCUGUAAUGAUUCUGAUCCAGGCUGAGAGGAACAGGAAAGAGAAAAAGACAUGCUACAAUCCUACUCAGGUGCAACUUCAGUGCAGAGGUUGCUUCACUCCUGUCAGCUGUGGAGCAGAUAUAAGACACAUAGAGAAUUCACACCAUGUUAACAUCAAUCCUCAUUUUGAGACAUACUAUAAAGCAGGUGGGCAGGUAUGUCUGGAAAGGAGUUUUGAAGAUUGGGAGCCUGGACGGGUUAUCAACUGCAUUCAUUGUGGAAAGGACUGGGGAAUGGAGAUUAAAUUCAAGAAAGUGGCAAUACUUCCCUGUUUGAAAAUAAAGAGCUUUUCCUUGAAUACUCCUCGGGGUAAAUUCACACACAAGCAGUGGAAAGACAUUGAGUUCCAAGUGGAAGAGUUUGACUUCAUUCAGUACAUGACUGGCCGUUUCCCUGACCUGAACUUCGAAAAUGAUGACUGACAGGCCAAUCAUACUUGAAGUAGUAAUUAACUCACUAACCGAUAUUGUGUCAGUUUGUUUGUGUGUGUGUGUGUGUGUGUGUGUGUGUGUGCGCGUGUGUGCGUGUGUACGGUCAUAAAAAUGCAUUUGUGCAUGGAACUACUUUCUUACGCAGCGGAUCAGAAUCUGCCGUUGCUGGUUCAAACCAAAUGAUGCGUCUAAGCCUUCGUUAGUUAUUCAAAAUUGUCACUUCAGAAAUAGUACCACAGCUUGUGCUGUUUUGAACAAACAGCCCAUGUGUGUGUGUGUGUGUGUGUGUGAGUGAGAGAGAGAGAGAGAGAGAAAGAAAGAAAGAGAAAGGGAAAGAGUGAGCUGGAGCGUGUGCAAUCACCUGUUGACACACCCAAGCAGAGAUAUUGUCAGCUUUCUGAAGAUCAACUUUCUCAGUGGUAAAAUAGCCGUCCAAGUGGGGUAUUACUCUCCAUUUCGCAGUAGCCGGUGUGCAAGAGUCAUUCACUAUAGAAACCUCAAUGUCCUCUGCCAUUUUAAACGGUAUGUAUCCAAUGUGGAAACUCCGGUAAGAGAUAAGCACCUUGAAUUCUGUAAUCAAUCAGUCUGUUGUGUCUCUCAGCUGUGAUAAGCCUUAAUGCUGAAGUUGUUCGUUUAAAGCUAUUUCCUAGCUUUAAUAAUGUAAAGUACAAUUGUGGUAAGAAGAAUAGCAUUCAAUAGAAUUCUGGGAUGCGGGUUGGCACAAUUUUGGUGGCAUGAGGGGGACCUAAACAAUAUUAGGCAUCUGGUUUUAAUGUUGUGGCUGAAAGUUGUGAGUGUUUAUGUAUGUAUGUGUGUGUGUGUGUGUGUUAGAGCAUAACAAGUGCAUUGUGUGGACAUGAUAUACAUUAUAUUCAAAACACUUUGUUUUUGCAUAAGUAUUGUGUCAUGUCUUCAGGCAAGUAAUACAUUAGUUUUGGCUGAAUGUAUAUUGUUUUUUAAAAAUGAAUUUAAAAAAGUUUGGUGUACCAUUGGAACUGACUUUUUGCUUUUAGACAGUUAUGAAUGUGAUAGUUCACAUAAAAAUGAUCACCCAGCAAUUAAAAAAAUUUAAACAGCAAGUCUAUCGAAUGUAAUCAUUAAGAUGGUUAUGUAAACGUGCGUGUACUGUAUGUGCAUCAUUUGAUUUAUCUUCAUAAUGCUUUAUUCUCUGGGAUCAGGACGGUGUUGCUCUCUGUUAUUAGCUAUUGUUUAGAUUACUAUUAAUGUGCAAUUAAAAUGCACUUUAACUUUAUGACAGUGGAACACUGGUUUGCUUUGACCAUUAAUUUAUGCCUGAGUUAUAAAUUUAACUAUGUCACAAUUACACUUUGAACAUUUGUGAGCCUUUGCUUAAACAUUUUUCAUGUUUAUUCGUGUGACAUUAGGUCUGUUUUUACAGAAAAUGUGCAUAAUAUACUUACAUUUUUGUCUCGCCACUAGUGAUAAGAAUUUUAAAAACAAUCCCUUUUCUAAAUGUAGUCUCAUGUGAUGCAUUAUGUAUUUCCAUAUUGUAUACUUUUUUAAAUGUAAUAAAAAAA